AAAAUAAAAUAAAUAAGAAAAAAAAAAAAAAGGUUUCUUCUGCAUUCUAUUUAUAGUCUGAUACACUCAAUUCUUUGCUUCCUCCCUCAUCAUACUAGUAAGGUCUAUAACAAUGGCGUCCGAGAAAGUUGAGACUGUUAUAGCUGGAAACUACGUUGAAAUGGAAAGAGAAGAGGGUGAUUCCAAGUCUAGUGAGAGCAAACUCUCUAGGUAUUUUUGGCAUGGUGGUUCAGUCUAUGAUGCUUGGUUUAGCUGUGCUUCUAACCAGGUAGCACAGGUGCUUUUGACACUGCCAUACUCGUUUUCGCAGCUUGGGUUGUUAUCUGGAAUAAUAUUUCAGCUUUUCUAUGGUUUGAUGGGAAGCUGGACUGCUUAUCUUAUUAGUAUACUUUACGUUGAGUACAGAACCAGAAAGGAAAGGGAAAAAGUUGAUUUUAGAAAUCACGUUAUUCAGUGGUUCGAAGUUCUUGAUGGACUUCUUGGAAAACACUGGAGGAAUGUUGGCCUCCUUUUCAACUGCACUUUUCUUCUUUUCGGAUCUGUCAUUCAGUUAAUUGCCUGUGCAAGUAACAUAUACUACGUAAACGACAAUCUUGACAAGAGAACUUGGACUUAUAUUUUUGGAGCUUGCUGUGCCACCACUGUUUUCAUCCCUUCCUUCCACAAUUAUAGAAUUUGGUCAUUUUUGGGACUCAUGAUGACCACUUACACUGCAUGGUAUCUCACCAUUGCUUCCCUUGUCAAUGGGCAGAUUGAUGGAGUGACGCACUCGGCCCCCACCAACAUGGUUCUCUACUUUACUGGGGCUACCAACAUUCUUUACACCUUUGGUGGACAUGCUGUUACAGUGGAGAUCAUGCAUGCUAUGUGGAAACCACAGAAGUUCAAGCUAAUAUACUUGAUUGCAACACUCUAUGUUCUUACUCUGACUUUACCAUCAGCUUCUGCUGUUUACUGGGCUUUUGGGGACAAGCUUUUGACGCAUUCCAAUGCUCUCUCUUUGCUUCCAAGGACUGGAUUCCGAGACACAGCUGUCGUACUCAUGCUCAUUCAUCAGUUCAUAACAUUCGGAUUUGCUUGCACUCCUUUGUAUUUUGUGUGGGAGAAAUUCAUUGGGGUCCAUGAGACUAAGAGUGUGUUGAAGAGGGCCCUGGUUAGGCUCCCUGUUGUGAUCCCAAUUUGGUUCCUUGCCAUCAUAUUCCCAUUCUUUGGACCCAUCAACUCCACGGUUGGCUCUCUUCUCGUCAGCUUCACAGUCUACAUUAUUCCUGCUUUGGCACACAUGGUUACUUUUGCUUCUGCUUCUGCUAGAGAGAAUGCUGUGGAGAGACCACCUUCAAUGAUAGGUGGAUGGGUUGGAUCAUACUCCAUGAACGGGUUUGUGGUGGCGUGGGUUUUGGUGGUGGGAUUUGGGUUCGGAGGAUGGGCAAGCAUGCUCAAUUUCAUCCAACAAAUUGAUACAUUUGGUCUAUUCACUAAGUGCUACCAGUGUCCACCUCAUAAGGCUUGAGUAGUCGAUUUCCUUCUUUUCAUUUUCUUAUAAAGAAGAAAAAAAAAAAAAAGGAAAUUAACAAAAAUUAAGGAUACAUAUGUAAGUGUGUAAAGAGAUUGUUAUUUGUAACCUUUUUCAGUUCCUUUUUUUUUUUGGUGGGUAAGGCUAUUUAUUUUCAAUGGUAUUCAGAAAAGGUGUGAGGGCAAUCAUGGCCACCCCUAUACGACCUAUAAUUGUAUCUUUGUGUGUUGAUCAAUUUUCCUUAUUAUAACUCCA